AUGUACAGCUGUGGCUCUUUUGGAUCUCUGGGAUGUUACCUGCCUCCAAACCAUGGUCUGACAGGAAGGAAGAUUUUGGUGUUUCUGGGCCAAGUGAGGAGGAUCUCCCCUUUUUUGUGUCUCAAGGACAGAAGAGACUUCAGAUUUCCCCAGGAGAUGGUGGAUGGCAGCCAGCUGCUGAAGGCCCAGGCCGUGUCUGUCCUCCGUGAGAUGCUGCAGGGGAUCUUCAGCCACUUCCACAUAGAGCGCUUCUCUGCUGCCUGGAAUAUGACUCUCCUGGACCAACUCUACACUGGACUUCAUCAGCAGCUGGAACACCUGGAGACCUGCUUGGUGCAUGUAAUGGGAGAGGGAGAAUCUGCUGGGGUGGUUGGGAGCCCUACACUGGCAUUGAGGACGUACUUCCAGGGAACCCGUCUCUACCUGAAAGAGAAGAAACACAGUGACUGUGCCUGGGAAGCUGUCAGAGUGGAAAUCAUGAGAUCCUUCUCUUUAUCAACAAACUCGCAAGAAAGAUUCAGAAGUAAGGUUGGAAACAUGGAGUCAUGA